UACCGGCAACCGGGCGCACAGCCUGCCGGCUUUCAGCACCACAUCUCGGGACGUCUAGGGAUGCCCUUAGAUCCACCGUGGUGACUUUCUGCUUGCACCAUCUCUCUCCUUCUCCCUUUCUCAAUGACAGGCAGAUUUUCUACCUGUGCGCUGGCUUUACUACUCUUUUGUUGUUCCUCUGAUUCUUUUGAUCCGUCGACAUUGCCUGAUCCUCGGGAUCCAGAGUUUAUUAAGCUAUGUGUGGAAACCCACAACACAUUGCGAUCCAGAGUGGAUCCACCAGCCAGCAACAUGCUCUGGAUGAGUUGGGAUCCAGAUUUGGCAAAGACUGCAAAAGCUUGGGCAAAGAAAUGCUUAUUUAAACAUAAUAUAUACCUCAAAGAGCGAGGGAAAGUUCACCCCAAAUUUGCCUUUGCUGGAGAAAACAUCUGGACUGGCUCAGCUUCUGCCUUUAACGUGAAAGGAGCCCUCUCUGCUUGGUACAGUGAGGUCGAAUUCUACGAUUAUGAAACCAAUAAGUGCUCUAGAGUAUGUGGCCACUAUACACAGGUAGUUUGGGCUACAAGCUACAAGGUUGGUUGUGCUGUGCACUUCUGUCCCACGGUGCAAUACAUCUCCAUACGCAACGCAGCACACUUCAUCUGCAACUAUGGGCCGCCUGGGAAUUACCCGGUGCAACCAUACAAGACGGGAGCAGCGUGCAGCGAGUGCGGUGGUGAGACGUGUACCAUGACAAUGUGUCAAAAUGAAGAGCGUGACAAAGUAGUUGAGAAUACCAGGUGGCAGCCAGAGUGGGACAGGCCCUCGUGUGAUGAGUUCUGCAUCUCCAUUAUUGCUUUAAGAUUAAUACUCUUUAUACUGACAUUUGUGGCCGCCUGGCUCUUACCAAAAUAUUGGUCUCUAGUACCUGUCAGUGGGUAGCACACAUGUAGAAGACCACAAGAGCACUUGGCUCAAUUCAUCUCUUCCAUUCAUAUAAAUUACAGGCAGCACAAACAUCGAUAGAGACAUUGUUUGCAAUGUGAUUUACAAGUACAGAAAUAACACCUUCAUUGCAGGUUGUAGUUACAAGCACUGAUAAGCAUUGUGAACAUUUCUUUCUCAUUACUCAGAAACAGUUAAAACUUAAAAUAGAUUUAGAUGUUAAAAUUGUUUUAAAAGUUAAAAAGUUAAAGUAUUUUUAAAGUGGAGCAGUGUGCAUGUGAUCUGGCGGGUAUGGGGGCACAUUGUCCAGGCAGCACACUAAGGUGCAGGCAGCUGCCCAACACACUUUAGGAAGGGCUGGAGAGUGUCCAGCCCCAGAGUCAGGCCCCAGCCCACAGCCAAAGCACAGGCAGAGUAUGCACCUGUCUCAUUCCUAUUGCACUCUUACCUUGGGCACUCCUACAGCAAGAUGCAGAGUGGCCUGUAUAAUUUAAUUUUUUUAAAGGAAUUUUUGGAUCCCUGUGAACUCUGGCAUUUGCAUCCUGGGGCAGGCAGCGCACUUCCCAGUCUCACAGCGCACUUGCCAUUAGUACUUUGCUUUGCUCAGAAAUUGUUUUUAAACUCAUGGCAUCUGUGCCUAAACAGUUUCACCUCUGUUUACAUGGUUAUGUAUCACUGCAAUCUUUCCUGUUGUGGUUUUUUAUUUUUUUCAGUAUAGGGGUUUUACUGCUGUUUCAAACAAUAAAUUGUUAUUUCCUGA